UGUGGUUUAAUGUGGUGUUUGUGUCCAGGCCCAGCGUCAUCAGCCUUCAUCAUGACUAAAGAGGAGAACCUGGAGGUGCAGGAGAAGGAGAGACAUGACCGGGAGGAGCAGGAGGAGGGGCGGGUCCAGAGAGACGAGGAGGAGGCGCUGACCGAGGAAGAGGAGGAGGAGGAAGAGGAGGACGAAGACGAGGAGGAGUACGAGUUGGACGAGGAAAGAGAGACGGAGGACAGAACGGAGGUGGAGAACGAGGAUGAGGACGAGCAGGAGGACAGGGAGGAGAGGGAGGAGAGAGAGGAGGAGGGGGAGGGGGAGGGGGAGGAGCUGUCCAUCAGAGAGGCGGAGCCAGAACCACUGUACGAGUACCAGAGUCCAGUCCAGGAGCAGCGGCGCCGACCCAUGGUGCACCAGUCUGCCCAGGCACCGCUGCCCAAAGACUAUGCCUUCACCUUCUUCGACCCUAAUGACCCGGCCUGUUUGGAGAUCCUCAUGGACCCUCGGACCUCCAUCCCAGAGCUGUUCGCCAUCGUGCGUCAGUGGGUUCCUCAGGUCCAGCACAAGAUCGACAUUAUCGGCAACGAGAUAAUGAAACGUGGUUGCCAUGUGAACGACCGUGAUGGUUUGACGGACAUGACCCUUCUUCACUACAGCUGCAAGGCUGGAGCUCAUGGUGUUGGUGACCCGGCUGCAGCUCUUCGUCUCACCUCUCAGCUCAUUUCCCUGGGGGCUGAUGUGAGCCUGAGGAGUCGCUGGACCAACAUGAACGCUCUGCAUUACGCUGCUUACUUCGACGUCCCAGAACUGAUCCGAGUCCUUCUCAAAGCUGCGAAGCCCAGAGUGUUGAACUCCACCUGCAGUGAUUUCCACUAUGGAACGGCUCUGCACAUCGCUGCCUCCAACCUCUGUCUGGGUGCAGUCAAAUGUCUGCUGGAGCAUGGAGCCAACCCCACCGUCCGGAAUGAUAAGGGACAGGUCCCGGCAGAGGUGGUUCCUGACCCGAUGGACAUGAGUCUGGACAAGGCGGAGGCGGCCAUGGUGGCCAAAGAGCUGAAGCAGCUGUUACUGGACGCCGUCCCUUUGACCUGUAACCUCCCCAGAGCCACACUGCCCAACUACGACAACAUCCCUGGAAACCUGAUGCUGUCUUCUCUGGGGCUGAAGCUUGGAGACCGUGUGGUCCUGGACGAUCUUAAGCUCCAGAGAGACCAGAGCAGAGACGACAGAGCAGCUGAAAACCUCCCACAGUCCGGCACGCUGAGGUUCUGUGGCACCACCGAGUUCGCCAGUGGUCAGUGGGUCGGUGUGGAGUUGGACGAACCCGAGGGGAAGAACGACGGCAGUGUGGGCGGAGUCCGCUACUUCAUCUGUCCUCCCAAAUUAGGGAUUUUUGCUCCAGUGUCAAAGAUUUCCAAAGCUGUGGAUCAGACGCCUUCAUCCGUCACCUCCACCCCUCGAACGCCACGUAUGGACCUGGCAUCCCGCCUUUCUGGAAAAACCAAAAAGGAGAAAGAAAAGAAGGAGAAGGAGAGGGAGAGAGCCCAAAAGAAGAAGGCGUCUGUCCCCCCCCAGGACCCAGACGGGAUGAACGUGGAGGUUGGAGAUCAGGUUCUAGUGGCUGGACAGAAGAAUGGCAUCGUUCGCUUUUAUGGGAAGACCGACUUCGCUCCAGGGUACUGGUUUGGGAUAGAACUGGAUAAACCCACUGGGAAACACGACGGCUCGGUUUUUGGAGUACGCUACUUCAGCUGUCUGCCCAAAUAUGGUGUGUUUGCUCCGCCCUCCCGUGUCCAGAGAAUCGGUGGUCCCAAAGACGGUUCACAGACGGAUGGAUGCAUGGUGAAGAAGGUCCACCAGGUCACCAUGUCCCAGCCCAAGCGUAACUUCAACACCAUGCGUUCUCCUAAAGACCUGACGUCUGAGAACUCCAUAUCCAGGUUGCUGUUCUGCUGUUGGUUUCCGUGGAUGCUGCGUGCUGAGAUGCAGUCCUAACCACGCCCUCCUCCUCCUCCUCCUUCUCCUCUCUGCUCUCCUUCCUCUCCUUCCAUUCAUUUGUCUUUCUCCUUCCGUCUCCUCAGACUCUGGCUGUUGGUCUAGUGAACAGAACCCGUACUCUAGUUUAGACUCAUUCUCUAGUGCCUUGUAUCUGAUUCAAAUGUCCUGCAUUCCUUUAUUCCAACACUGAACCUGGUUCUGCUAAAGCUCGUCCCCUCAAAUACUCUCUGUACAGUUUUUCCAUCUCGUCUCCAUCUCACCGUAAACCGACCUUAGUUUGUGCUGCUACUUGUUUUGUUUUUGCUGCUACUUGAUUUAUGUCUCAGAAAGUUUGAACAAACCAGUGGAAACAUCUGCAGAGGUUUGUGUAUUUACUCAGACCUGGACAGAUUCUGCAUGAGGACCUGAACCCAAACAUACUUCCUGGUUUUUAAAUGGUGAGCCGUGGUUUCAGUGGAGCUCCAACACGUUAGGGAUUGUGUUUGUGCAGAGUGUACGGUUUGAUCUCAUCUGUCUUAAAGUCAGUGUUCUCCACCCUGUUUAUUCGGUCUUUUCACCAGUUUCAGAGCGUCUUUGAGUCGGAGAGGCCGUUCUGGGAAACAUGAACCCAGGCUGACCUUAAAUACCUAAAAUACUACCUUAACUGUAUCACUUGCAUGUUGUAAUCUCAGAUACUAAACUGAAAACAAGAUCAAUUAACUGAAAGUUUAUGCCAAUGACUUGAAAUGGUGAUAGUUUUCCAUCAGUUGUGUUCAGUUUGACCACCGUCUGCACCUUCUGACUCAUCUCCAAAUACAAACCCAGGCCUUGAGCAUAUGGACAAACGUGUUACCAGGACAAAGAUGUUCAUGUCUGUUGAUACUGAUAUUAUCACAGUAAAGGUCAAACCAUCGUGUCGUUCAGGUUUAAGGCUGAUUUUAGGUCCUGAGUGACAGAUGAAUCACACAAGACUUAAAAAAAAACAAACAAAAAAAACACAAGAUGUAAACAAGUUAAAAGAUGCAACAAGAUGAAAAAGAAACAUAAAAACACAAAAUGACGUUAAAGAUGAAGAAAAAAGCACCUGUAAUGUCUGUCUUCAGGACUUAGUUUUAUUUGAUUCCUUUUCUUCAUUUUCAGUUAAUUGGUCAUGAAUAAAGAACAUAAGUGCGUUCAGUCUUUGACAUGUUCUGGCCCACACCUGUUCAACACUAAUCUGAGGCCACGCCCACUCUGGCCAAACGACAUGAACGUGUCAAAGAACUCAAAUUUCAUGAGUUGUUCCUAAAACUACUGACAGACCCACAAUGACACCUUUCUCUGAUGCAAAUCCUCAGAUCAGUGACUUUUGCAGCUCCGUCACGUCUUCAUCAUCACUUCUGUCUCUUCAUUUCACAUAAACGUCGUCCUCAGAGUCAGAGUCGAUCAGUUAAAGGCGGAAUAUUUACUGCAGCCCUUCACCUCUUCCAUCUCCACUUGGUUUAAUGUGGAUGAAACCCUGACAUGCUCAGUUCUUCUGUCCUCGGCUGAUCCUCUAUCAUUCCAUUAUAUUAGACUUUUUUGUGAAUGUGAGCGUCUGUGAUCAAACCAAACUUUAAUCUAAACGUAGGUGUGUGUUUAAAGUGAACCUGUUCUGCUCAUGUUUAUCACAUUAACUGUGUUUGUGUUUUACUUAUAAAAAACAGACGCAAAUUCAGUAAAAACAUCUACAACUGCACCAAACUGGACCUGUUUAUUAUGUAAAUUAUGGGCGGAGUCACAACCUAUGGGAGCAGCCAUUGGUUGAAAGUGACGUCCCAUUGUUGAUUGUAUCAGUACCAGUAUCAGUCAACGUUAUUAUCGUUAACAAAAACUAACAAAAUGAUGAAAACUAGAAUUGAAAAAGUGCAGUUGGAGGCCCAUCCAGUGGUUUUUGCCUUUAUCUCAUAUUUUACAAUGACUUAAACCAACCACAUGAACAGCUUUGGGUUUUAAACUCAACUUUUGGGGAUGUGCAGUAACGACAGUUGGUGGUUGAAUGUCGUGAUAUCACUAUAUGCAGAUGACUCACGUCUUUCUCAUCCUUUAUCCUGCUGCUUAGUUCUUUCCUAAACCAUCUCACCCAAACCCCACUCACACCCUGGUGAACGAACAGCUCCAUAUGUCGGAGUUUCACAGGCAGAAGCCACGUUUGACAGAACAGUCGUGUGUAGUCGGAUGCUUCACCGAGCGCUAGCUCCUUCAUCUUAACUAACGUUGCAGUUACUGGACCACAGUGAUGGUGGACGUUUGUCUUUGUACAGUAGACGUACAGUAUAGUCCAUAUGUUACCGUUGGUUUUAACACAGUGUUCUGACUACGGUGUAAAUGUGGAGCUUUCUCUGCUUUGGCCACUUGGUGUCACUUGUGAGUCACUAGUAAUUAUUCAUCUCACAACAAGCAAAACACUUGGACAGUUUCCCUCGUUACAUAAUAUCUUAUUGUUUUAAUUGUUCGAUUUAAAGGACCAUGACUCUGGUUUUGUCCCGUUUCCACUGUGGGUGGAGUGGGUUCCAAAUGGAUCUGUGGUUUUUUUUACCCCGCGGACUUCAAUUAUCAACCAAUGGGGAUUUUUUAAAUUUCAAAAAUCCAUCAAAAAAUUCAAAAAUCAACAUUUCUCAAUUCUUUGACCAAACUCGGUAGACCUUACCCCGAGGAACUCCGCGAUGAAUUUCAGUUGAUUCUGGAAGAAGGUUUUGGAGAAGAAGUUUCUUGAAAGAAGGUUAAUGGAUGGACGGACAGACGACAGCUGAUACUAUUAGUCCACUGGACCUUCGGGCUGUUGGACUAAAAACAGAUUCAAACCAGUGGUUCCAGGCACAACAAACCCCGCCCCUUGCACAUAUAUUAGCUAAUUUUGGCAUCAUCCAGCUGAUUUCAUCAUAACAAUCACCUCUAUAUUUGUGCCAAGUUUGAAAUAAAUCGAAACAAAAUUGAAGUUUUUAUAGACAUUGUAAAUUUCGCCCAUUAUAAUUAAAUGGGAG